AUGGUACCUAUUGCCCAGUUUGAAGUCCGUCGAAGGCUCCAAAGGUUCGCGGGUGCCACACCUCCCGGUCGUCUGGGCGAUACCUCGUUGACGUUGAUGUCGGAUCCUCGUACUCUUCCUGCAAUAGCACAAGUGGCCGAGAUAGUCUACUUUGACCUUCGAACACCGCUCCGUCCUUGGCCACAAGAAAUCGAACAGAUGCAUGAACUUUUUGCAGGGCUGGAUCAUGAGUUCAACGUGUUUUGUCAGGUGCUGCCGAUGUGGGUACCGGGUGAUGAAGAUGAACCAGAUGUGGAAGAGGAACAGAUCACGAUCGAUGGAUUGGAUGGGAACCAGCUAGUCCUCUAUGUGACUCGUCCACAAAAUCAAGAGGUAGAUCUUCCGGCGAUUGUGUAUUUUCACGGCGGCUGCCUCAUUAUGAUCGACAUCAAUAGGUUCCAUCGCCGCUGGGCCAAGUCGUUGGUCCUCAGAGGCCACGUACUCGUAAUACCAGAAUUCCGAAACGCGUGGUCGAAGACACGAUAUAACCACUUUCCUGCUGGGUUGAACGAUUGCGUAGCCGCCGUCGACUAUGUCGACACGCACCGCUGCGACUUGGGGAUCAGCACGAUUACUCUCCACGGAGAUGACGGCGGCGCCAAUUUGGCUAUAGCUACUGCGCUGAGAGCCAAGCGAGAGGGCUGGGUCAAAAUUAUCGCCGGCGUGAGCGCAUGUUCUCCGUAUAUCGGCGGAGAGGCGCAUAGUUGGCCUAUUGAGCGCAAGCUCGCGGAGCUGCCUAGCCUCGUGGAGAAUGAAGGAUACCUGCUCGAUAGUCCGUGGCUCGGUCCUGGGGCAAGAUACUACUCUCCGGAUAACACGACCAACCCUCUUGCCUGGCCGCUCUUCGCUACGGAAGAUGACCUCACUGGGCUACCGCCCCAUUCGAUCGUGUUAGACGAGUUGACCCCGGUAAGAGACGAAGGUGUGGUAUAUUACCGCAAGCUUGUCGCUGCUGGCGUGACUGCAACAGCGUUCGUCCAACUGGGAGUACCGCAUGUGGGCGUGUUGUUGUUUCGCCGUGCCAUCCCAGAUAUAUACGAGAACUUGUGCAACCAUGUCUCUGCAUUCGCAAAAAGGCUAGCAUGA